AUGCCUCUGACGCCGCCAGAACUGCCUCCUAAAGACAAGCCUCCGACACUCAAACACCGUUUGAAACCGGUUGGGCAACCUGAAUUACCUCGGCCUGGCGACAAUAAUCACUAUGACGGCCGAACGUGGAAUCAGAGGUUUCUAGACUACUUUGAGUCUCAUGAGGCGCAUGGUGUCAAUAGUGAAACUACAGAGCGAAAUUUGGGGGGGAUGCAAUGUGACAGCUACACGAGUGCUGAGACAAACCCUGAACUUGCAGUAGCGCUGGAUCAUUACAAGGAUAGGGGGUUGCAAGUGGUAACGAUCAGUGUGACGGAAGAUCGACUGAAAGCCUUCUUCGUGCGUCGGAGCAUUGAUUGGCAAAAAAAACAGACACCAAAAGAGGACUGGCCGCGCUCCUUUAUGAUCCGGAGAGGCAUUACGGAUUACACGCGAGCUGAUAUCGGCAUGUCGAAUCCAAAGGUUGGGCAUGUCUUCCUGGUUGAUUGGCAGUGCAAGAUUCGAUGGACAGGCUGUGGCGACGCUUCGGAUGAAGAGAAGGAGAGCCUAGUAUCUUGUGUCAAGCGAUUAAUGGAAAGACCUGGGAGCAAGACAAUAGAGAAAGGAAAAUCGAGGACGAGCAGCGUGCAGCGGCUGAAGCAGCCCAUGAGUUAG